AUGCAGGACAACUUUACAGAAAGAUUUAACAUUUUGGUAUCUGAGGUCUUGACAACACAGACAAUCGUCAAUUUCUCUUACUGUCCCGCCAAUGCCACUAUCUGCAAUGGCACCUCCUGUGUGUUGCCUGCUGAUGAUUCUAACAGGGUUCUGAGCCUGAUUUUAAGUACUGUCCUAACAAUCAUGCUGGCCAUGGUGAUGUUUUCCAUGGGUUGCAAUGUGGAGCUACCAAAAUUUUUAGGACACAUUAGAAGGCCCUGGGGCAUUCUGGUGGGCUUCCUCUGCCAGUUUGGGAUUAUGCCUCUCACUGGCUUUGUGCUGGCACUUGCUUUCGAAGUACUUCCUAUACAAGCCGUGGCAGUAAUCAUUAUGGGAUGUUGUCCUGGAGGAACCGCUUCCAAUAUUUUAGCCUAUUGGGUAGAUGGUGACAUGGACCUCAGCAUUAGUAUGACAACAUGUUCAACCCUGCUGGCCAUGGGGAUGAUGCCACUUUGCCUCUUGAUUUACACCAAAAUCUGGACAGAUUAUGACUCCAUUUUGAUCCCCUAUGACAGUAUUGGCAUUUCAUUGGUGGCUCUAGUAAUUCCUGUCUCCUUGGGAAUAUAUGUUAAGAAUCGAUGGCCUGCAAAAGCUAAAAUCAUAUUAAAGAUCGGUUCCAUUACCGGUGCAAUUCUCAUCGUCCUCAUUGCUGUGGUAGGAGGAAUUUUGUACAAAGGAUCCUGGACCAUCACUCCUCAACUCUGGAUUGUUGGAACCAUCUUUCCGGCAGCUGGCUAUUCAUUAGGCUUUUUUCUGGCUCGCAUAGCUGGGCAGCCUUGGCACAGAUGUCGAACAGUGGCUCUGGAAACGGGAAUGCAGAACACUCAGUUGUGUACAACAAUUGUGCAGCUCUCCUUCAGUCCUGAACAAUUGGAAUUAAUGUUUACUUUCCCACUCAUCUACAGUAUUUUCCAGCUAACUUUUGCAGGAUUAAUCUUGGGAGGCUAUCAGCUAAACAAAAAGUAUUUUGCUGAUCGAAAGAAAGACUUUUCUGAUGAAGAAAGUGAAUCUGAAUCAUCACCGACACCAGUAUACUCAACGACGAACAGAGGUUUUCAGUCAGAGGAGGAAGAAACAGCAACCCAUGUGUCAGGGGUAGCUAACGGGAAAAUCUGA